AUGUCCAACAGCAGCUCCAUCAGCCACUUCCUCCUGCUGGCAUUGGCAGACACGCGGCAGCUGCAGCUCCUGCACUUCUGCCUCUUGCUGGGCAUCUCCCUGGCUGCCCUCCUGGGCAACGGCCUCAUCAUCAGCGCCGUAGCCUGCGGCCACCACCUGCACACGCCCAUGUUCUUCUUCCUGCUCAACCUGGCCCUCAGCGACCUGGGCUCCAUCUGCACCACUGUCCCCAAAGCCAUGCACAAUUCCCUCUGGGACACCACCACCAUCUCCUACACAGGAUGUGCUGCACAGCUCUUUUUCUUUAUGUUCUUCAUCUCAGCAGAGUUUUCCCUCCUGACCAUCAUGUGCUACGACCGCUACGUGUCCAUCUGCAAACCCCUGCACUACGGGACCCUCCUGGGCAGCAGAGCUUGUGCCCACAUGGCAGCAGCUGCCUGUGCCAGUGCCUUUCUCUAUUCACUGCUGCACACGGCCAAUACAUUUUCCCUUCCCCUGUGCCAUGGCAACGUCCUGGGCCAGUUCUACUGUGAAAUCCCUCAGAUCCUCAAGCUCUCCUGCUCAGAAACCUAUCUGAGGGAAUCUGGGCUUCUUGCUUUUAGUGCUUUUCCUUUUUUGGGUUGUUUUGCAUUCAUUGUUUUCUCUUAUGUGCAGAUCUUCAGGGCCGUGCUGAGGAUCCCCUCUGAGCAGGGACGGCACAAAGCCUUUUCCACCUGCCUCCCUCACCUGGCUGUGGUCUCUCUAUUUGUCAGCACUGGUACAGUUUCCUACCUGAAGCCCCCCUCCAUCUCCUCCCCAUCCCUGGAUCUGGCCCUGUCAGUUCUGUACUCGGUGUUGCCUCCAGGCCUGAACCCCCUCAUCUACAGCCUGAGGAACCAGGAGCUCAAAGAUGCCCUGAGGAAAAUGAUGACUGUAUAUUUUUAGAAACAACAAACUCUUUUUUCUGCUCAGAACCUUGUGAAUGUAACUCUUUACAAUCUUGGCCUUUUUUUCCUAUUUGUCCAUUUUGUUCUUCUGAGCUUUUCUUAUUAUAUUUCUGGUGUCAUAAUGUAUUUAAAAAUUACUUGAGUACUAAUCUCAGCAUUUCUACAUACACAUCGGCUUUUCUUUUGAAACACAAAGACUUUCAGGAGGCUUGUUCCCUCUGCAUUUGAAUAAAAACAAGUGGCUGCCCUGACUUGUGUGUCCAAGGCAUUUUCUCAG